AUGCGUACUCCCUGAAUGGUUUGGGAUUGCCAUGUUCCAGUGUUAAAACGUGUGGGAAUCAUCUAAAAAAAAUACUAUUACAGUUUUGCAGAUUUACAGAUUUAAAUCGCAUUUUCCGGAAGACAGUAAAACAUUGAUACAGCUGCAGGAUGCAAUCGCGGUAUUGCCUAGCAUAUUUAUAAACACCAUAGAAAUGGCCUGUUGUGUGUAAUGUCUAAAACACAGAAAGAUGGCUUGUCAAGAACAGCAGAAGGAGGAACUAGAAGUCUUGCAGUCUAUUUAUGAUGGGGAUGUUAACUUCAAGCAGACUAGUGAAACUACCUUUCAGUAUAAGUUUGGUGAGGAUGGUAGCCAUCAGUCUUUCUUGGUGGAGUUGCAGUGGAGUGAUAACUACCCAGAAGAACCAGCAGCUAUCAACCUCGAUCUCUUCUAUAAUAAGCAUAUUGUAGAUUCUGUGAAGGAAGCUAUCAAAUGUGGUCUUGAAGAACAGAUGGCAGACCUAUGUGGAAUGCCAAUGACAUUCACAUUAUUUGAGUGGAUCAAGGACAAUCUGAACACCUUGUUGACAAAUCAGCCUGAUGUCCCUUUGACACAGGUCAGUAGCGAGGUCAGUCUGGAAAACGGCGCCAAUGGCGACCAGCCUGCAGCAAAGAAAGAGAAAAAGGAGCACCUGUCCAAGCAGCAGAAGAGGCGGAUGCUCGACAAGUUCGGCGCCAACACGGGAGAGCGACCGCGUGGUUGGGACUGGGUGGACGUCAUCAAACACCUGUCCCAGACAGGCGGCAAGCCGGACGACGGCUGAAGAAGACGAGUGCGCAUGGCUGAGUAGCGCGAGAUGGAGUGUUCUUGGCUGUUGUUUCAACAAAAACAAAACAAACAAAAAAAAUGAACCUCUUGUUCGGCGCGUUUUAAAUGAAAAUUAUGCAAGCCAUGGAUGUUUUUCCCCCGUUAAUUAGUUUUCUUAUUUUUACUUUCUGGUAACAGAUGGAACUUAAAGAAUGUUUUUAGUGCGAUCCAUCGUUUAAAGGUCUAGUUGGAUGGGGUGCAAUUUUUGUUUGAUUCUUAGUUCUAAAUAUUUUCCCAAAUCUGUUUGAAUACCCUCCAUCUGUUCUCGAGAUUCGUGCAUACAAACGUAACCAUGCAAUUUAAAAAAUGUUGAAUUAAGUGUUAUUCCUUUGUUUAUUUCUUCAAUUUUUGUCCUUAAUGAAAGUUAUCAUAUCUUAAUUUAAUGAGAUUUUCUUGUCAUCAGUGAAACCGAUAAGUAUAUUAACGCAAGAGCUGUUGCUAUUUUCACGCGCUUUUAUGCAGUCCGGAGAAAUAAUUGUACAAAGUUUGUGGGCAUGGUCAGUGGCGUACUGAUGGGGGAAAAGGAAUGUGCGCAUAUAGCACACCCGCAGUCUUGUUCUCAAACUGAAUGUUUGUAUAUUUGAAAAGGUAUAAAUAAAAAUGCCUGCCGUCCUUCUUCUGCUGUGAAACAUCAAAUAUGGAGAGAAACACACGGGGAAUAAUGUAGUCAGAUUUUAUUUUCCGUUAAUCAGGGGUGGGCAAAGUUUUCUUUUUGCGGCCGGUCUCAAAAUUCUAAGCUAUGCGGCGGGCCAGUAAAAUAUCCA